CAUUAUAGUAAUUUCACCUGUAGAGGAGGGCAAUAUCACUACCAAGUUAUAUUCAUAGCUACAUAAAUACGUCUCUUUUGCUUUUUAGUAUCAAAAACAUUCCUCGAGGUUUUCACCUUUGAUCCGCCGUCUGGAUAAUUCCCGUUCUCUCAAUUUCGAAUAAGUAUCAGUUCCGAUGCGAAUCGGCAUUUAUUAUGUCUAGAUUUUGAUAGUCAUACGUUUCAGUUCUGGUUUCUUAUUAGUUUUAUUUUAUAAUUCCGCUUUUCGGUUUUCGUGUGUUUGAGUUCGUUGAUCAAUCCAUCGGAUUCUGCCUUCAGAUAUUAAGUGGUUGUAAAUUGUAAUGGCGCAAGCAGCUGCAACUUCAGGGUGGCUCAGAGGAAGAGUGAAAGCUGUUCCAUCUGGAGACUCCUUGCUGAUAAUGGGAUUUACCAAAGCUGAAAUCCCCCCGGAGAAGACUAUAGUUUUGGCUCAUCUUUCAGCCCCAAGACUCGCCCGUAGAGGAGGCACCGAUGACCCAUUUGCAUGGGAAAGCAGAGAAUUCUUACGAAAGUUGUGCGUAGGAAAGGAUGUUGUUUUCAAAACGGAAUACACCAUCCCAAAUUUCUCCAGGGAAUUUUGCAGUCUCUUCAUUGGUACUACAAAUAUUGCAAAGGAGGUUGUUACUCAUGGCUGGGCAAAGGUUAAGGAGGCUAAAGGAGAGGUGACUCCUGAACAUGCUGAAUUGCUACGCAUUGAAGAACAAGCUAGGCAACAAGGAGUAGGUCUAUGGAACAGGUCUCCUGGUGCUACUGCAGCUGCAAUCAGGAACCUUCCACCAUCAGCUGUUGGUGACCCAAGCAAUUUGGAUGCAAUGGGGCUCUUAGCUUCAAAUAAAGGAAGAUCCAUGGAAGCAAUUGUAGAGCAAGUUCGUGAUGGGAGCUCACUUCGUGUUUAUCUGCUUCCAGAGUUUCAAUUUGUUCAAGUGUUUGUUGCUGGAAUCCAGGCACCAUCAAUGGGAAGAAGAACAACGGUUGAACCUGCUACAAUUACCGAAAUGCCCUCUGAAGAACUCAAUGGAGAUUCAAAUUCUGAGAUUCGUGGCUCGUUAACAUCAGCACAAAGAGUUACAGUCUCGUCAACCUACAAUGAAGUUGCCCCUGAUCCUUAUGGAAGGGAAGCUAAACAUUUUAGUGAGAUUCGUGUUCUAAAUAGAGAUGUCCGGAUUGUUCUAGAAGGUGUUGACAAGUUUAGCAAUUUGAUAGGCUCAGUGUAUUACCCUGAUGGCGAAUCAGCAAAGGAUCUUGCUCUUGAGCUUAUAGAAAAUGGGUUUGCCAAGUAUGUUGAGUGGAGUGCAAGUAUGAUGGAAGAUGAAGCUAGAAGGAAGUUAAAAGCUGCAGAACUUCAAGCAAAGAAGAAUAAGAUAAGACUCUGGACAAAUUACAUACCUCCAGCUACAAAUUCGAAGGCUAUUUCAGACAAUUUCAGCGGAAAGGUGGUUGAAGUUGUGAGUGGGGACUGCAUUAUUGUUGCAGACGAUUCUUCCCCAUUCGGUAGUCCAUCAGCAGAAAGACGAGUGAACCUUUCAAGCAUCCGGUGCCCCAAAUUAGGAAAUCCCAGAAGAGACGAAAAACCCGCCCCAUAUGCCCGUGAAGCCAGGGAGUUCUUAAGAACACGCUUAAUUGGCAAACAAGUUAAAGUUUCAAUGGAGUACUCACGGAAGGUUCCGACAGCCGACGGCUCGGCGGCGGCUCCUACCGGGCCUACUGAUACACGAGUAAUGGGGUUUGGCUCUGUGUUUUUGUUGUCCCAAGGGAAGGACGGUUUGGACAUUUCACAACAGCCAGGUGUAAACGUCGCUGAGCUUGUUAUUGCCCGUGGGUUUGGCACUGUAAUCAGACAUCGAGAUUUUGAAGAAAGAUCGAAUCAUUAUGAGACUCUUCUUGCUGCUGAAUCUCGCGCAACUUCCGGAAGAAAAGGAAUUCAUUCUUCCAAAGAUCCUCCGGUUAUGCAUGUCACCGAUCUGUUAACUGCAUCGGCGAAGAAAGCGAAGGAUUUUUUACCUUUUCUACAACGGAAUCGGAGAAUGUCGGCUGUUGUUGAAUACGUUCUCAGUGGUCAUCGGUUUAAGCUUUUUGUUCCUAAAGAAACGUGCAGCAUUGCUUUCUCGUUUUCGGGUGUCCGAUGUCCAGGUCGGGAGGAGCCGUAUUCCAAUGAAGCGAUUUCAUUUAUGAGACGGAAAAUAAUGCAGAGAGAUGUUGAGAUUGAAGUGGAAACCGUUGAUAGAACGGGUACUUUCUUGGGUUCUUUAUGGGACUCGAAAACAAACGUUGCGAUUACACUUCUAGAAGCUGGUCUCGCAAGGCUUCAGACUUCAUUUGGAAGUGAUAGGAUUCCAGAUGCUCAUCUUCUUGCUCAGGCUGAACAGUUUGCCAAGAAACAGAAAUUGAAGAUAUGGGAAAAUUAUGUUGAAGGAGUGGAAGUUACGAAUGGUCAAACUCAAGAUAAAAAGCAGAAAGAGGAAUUCAAGGCGGUGGUGACGGAAGUCCUAGGCGGCGGCAAGUUUUACGUCCAGGCGGUUUCCGAUCAAAAAGUCGCCGCCAUUCAAAACCAACUCGCUUCUUUAACCCUAAAAGAAGCUCCGGUUAUCGGCUCAUUCAACCCCAAAAAAGGCGAUAUCGUCCUUGCUCAAUUCACUGCAGAUAAUUCAUGGAACCGAGCAAUGGUUGUGAACACUCCACGUGGCGCUGUUGAAUCAAUCAAAGACAAAUUCGAAGUUUUCUACAUGGAUUAUGGAAACCAAGAAGUCGUGACCUACAAUCAAUUACGUCCGUUGGAUCAAUCUGUAUCAUCUGCACCAGGGAUGGCUCAGCUGUGCAGCCUCGCGUAUCUUAAAGUUCCAACAUUGGAGGAGGAUUACGGUCAUGAAGCAGCCAUGCUUCUAAGCGACACCACAUUAAACGGUCCGAAGGAAUUCAGAGCCGUGAUUGAAGAGAGAGAUGUGUCUGGUGGAAAAGUCAAAGGGCAAGGAACCGGGAAUAUUCUCAUGGUGACUUUGAUCGAUGAGGAAUUUGGUGAGAGCGUUAAUGCUAUAAUGCUCAAGGAGGGAGUGGCGAGAUUGGAGAAAAGGAGGAGGUGGGAGCCGAAAGAGAAACAAGAAAUUUUGGAUGAAUUGGAGAAGUGUCAGGCGGAGGCGAGUAAAGCGCGGUUGGGGAUAUGGGAGUAUGGUGAUAUUCAAUCGGAUGAUGAUGAGAAUCAGAAUCCUCUGCCUUCUUCUGUUAAGAAACCUGGUGGUGGUAAACGCUAAAAUGCACCGGUUUUGGUAGUUGUGUUUGGGAGAGGACAGUUUUGUUUAUUUGUUUUUUUUUAAUUAAUUUAUUUUUUAAUUUAUAUAUAGAGACGGUUAAUAAGGGGAAGAGGUGGGGUGGGAGUGUGUUAGAGCAUAAGGAGGAUGUUUGUUGGUUUUAUAAAUUUAUUUCUCGG